UCAAAUUCACGUAUCCCGCUCCGACAACAAACAAAGACGAAGCUAACCGAGCUCUCCUCCACUCUUCAGCCGUCCAGUCGAACUCUACUCGCCCAUGCCAGCCACUGUGGUCCCGCUGACCCGUGUCCUCUAACCCAGUGCGUCACACGGCUUGUCGUCUGUGUCGGUGGGUCCGUGUCAGUCGAGCAGUCCGAACCAGCGCUCCGCGUCAGUGGCCGAGCAGAGCGCGUUAGCCAGGCUAGCUGCUGCUGGGCUAAAACCCCCCGUCUUCCCUUCUGAACUUGGCGCUGUCGGACACCAGCGGUCCUGGUAGCUGCGGUGACUUUGGCUUGUUACAAACAAGCCACAUUCCCAGCGCCAUGUCCGGACAGUCGUCAGGCUGCGGCUUCCUGAUGUCGGUGGUCGUCCACGGAGACUCGACUCUGAACGAGCAGGAAAAGGAGCUCAGCCAGCGGCUCCGGAGACUGUACCCGGCCGUCAACGAAAACGAGAGCCCACUUCCUCGCUCCUGGAGCCCGAAAGACAAGUUCAGCUACAUCGGCCUGUCCCAGAACAACCUGCGCGUCCAUUAUAAAGGUCACGGAAAAACUCCCAAAGAUGCUGCGUCAGUCAGAGCCACUCACCCCAUCCCUGCCGCCUGCGGGGUUUACUACUUCGAGGUGAAGAUCAUCAGUAAAGGACGUGACGGGUACAUGGGCAUUGGUCUCUCGGCUCAGGGUGUGAACAUGAACAGACUGCCAGGUUGGGACAAGCACUCGUAUGGUUACCACGGCGACGACGGCCACUCCUUCUGCUCGUCCGGCACCGGGCAGCCGUAUGGACCCACGUUUACGACCGGCGACGUGAUAGGCUGCUGCGUCAACCUCAUCAACAACACUUGCUUCUACACCAAGAACGGACACAGCCUAGGAAUCGCCUUCACGGAUCUUCCACCCAACUUGUACCCGACAGUGGGUCUGCAGACUCCAGGCGAGGUGGUGGACGCCAACUUCGGCCAGCACCCAUUUGUGUUCGACAUCGAGGACUACAUGCGAGAGUGGAGGACUAAGAUUCAGGCACAGGUGGACAGGUUCCCCAUCGGGGAGCGCGAGGGCGAGUGGCAGUCCAUGAUCCAGAAGAUGGUGGCCUCUUACCUGGUGCACCACAGCUACUGUGCCACUGCAGAAGCCUUCGCCAAGUCUACGGACCAGGCCGUGCACGAGGAGCUGGCCUCCAUCAAGAACAGGCAGAAGAUCCAGAAGCUGGUGUUGUCGGGCAGGAUGGGCGAGGCCAUCGAGACCACGCAGCAGCUGUAUCCCAACCUCCUGGAGAGGAACCCCGACCUUCUAUUCAUGCUCAAAGUGAGGCAGUUCAUUGAGAUGGUGAACGGGACGGACAGCGAGGUGAGAUGUCUCGGGGGUCGCAGCCCCAAGUCACAGGACAGCUACCCGGGCUCGCCGCGGACCUUCAGCAGCCCGGGCCACAAAGGCGGUAGCUCCCAGUCCUACCUCACAGGUUUCGACAGCAACUGUUGCAACGGCGUAACGACGAACAAGAGCCACGCCUCCUCACCUCAUGGUCACAAGCCAGGCCUGCCGGUCUCUGGCUCCGCCUCCUCAGGCGCUGACGUCAGUCUAAAUGGAAGCCACAGCCAGCUACCCACGUCUAGCAGCGAUGUAGACAUGGAGGUGGAUCACUUCACCAACGGCGUGUCCGAGUCCUCCUCGAAUGGCUUUCUCAAUGGCAGCUCUAAACACGCCGAGCUGGACGACUGUGACGCCGACAUGGAGGUGGAGUCGGUCCAGUCCAAGAGGCAGCUGUGUGGGGGCAGCCAGGCCGCCAUCGAGAGGAUGAUCCACUUCGGCCGAGAGCUGCAGAGCAUGAGCGAGCAGCUGCGCCGCGAGUGUGGGAAGAACUCCACCAACAAGAAGAUGCUGAAGGAUGCCUUCAGCCUACUGGCCUACUCGGACCCCUGGAGCAGCCCGGUGGGCUUCCAGCUGGACGCCAUCCAGAGGGAGCCGGUGUGCUCCAUCCUCAACAGUGCAAUAUUAGAGACUCACAACCUGCCCAAGCAGCCCCCCCUUGCCCAAGCUGUCGGCCAGGCCGCCCAGUGCCUUUCCAUCAUGGCACGGACGGGCAGUGGAUCCUGCGCCUUCGCCUCCGUGGAGGAUUACCUGCACUAGCACACACACACACACACACACACACACACACACUCCUCAGGAGCAGCUUCUUCAUCAGUUGAAGGUCUCCUCGUGUCUCACUUCCCGCGUCAAGAGCCCCCUCCCUUAUCAAGUGUUCCUGAGUUGGCCUCGCUAUCGCCACCUGCUGCUUUGACUGAUGAACUUCUGGCAGCCCCGCAGGGUGACUCGGGACAGGUUACAUUGAUGUGAAAAAAGACGGCGAGCAGCAUGGCGUCCCCAUCUCCCCUCCCCCUUUUGACUUUGUACCCUGGCAGGUUUGUGUGUGCACGUGGUGGACUCUGCGGAAGCCUGGAAGCCAGCGGCUCCGUUUUUAAUUUACUCCCUUUCUCAAGACGGCGGCCACAAGGGGGCAACGCCCAACUUUUGUUUUUAGGGUUUUCAGGUGAUUUCAUCGUGCAGACGAUUUAUAACGACCAUAUUAAUUAUUGUUACCCGCUUACACAGUAUAUUUGUUGAACGCCAGCAAGCUCCACCUUCUGAAAAUAAAGAUCCCAAUUUCA